AUGGACCAGCUGCCCAAGCGCCCGGCCAACUACGUGCCGCUGAGCCCCGUGGGGUUCCUGCCGCGCGCCAAUGCCGUCUACGGCGACCGCGCGUCCGUCAUCUACGGGCGCGUCCGCUUCACCUGGCGCCAGACGUACCAGCGCUGCCGCCGCCUCGCGUCCGCGCUGCUGUCCCUCGGCGUCCGCAGGGGCGACGUCGUCUCCGUGCUCGCGCCCAACGUGCCGGCCAUGUACGAGAUGCACUUCGCCGUGCCCAUGGCCGGCGCCGUGCUCAACACCAUCAACACGCGCCUCGACGCCGGCGCCGUCGCCACCAUCCUGCGCCACUCGGGGGCAAAGCUCUUCUUUGUCGACUACGACUACGUGCGCCUCGCCAGCGACGCGCUCCGCCUCCUCGCCGCCGACGGCACGCCCGCCGUCCCGCUCGUCGCCGUCAUCGACGACAUUGACUCGCCCACGGGGGGCCGCCUCGGAGAGCUCGAGUACGAGGCGCUUGUCGCGCAUGGCGACCCCGACGCGGAGCUCCCGCCGCUCGAAGACGAGUGGGACGCCGUCACGCUCAACUACACCUCCGGCACCACGUCCGCGCCCAAGGGCGUCUGGGGGGUGACCACCGAGCCCGUCUACCUCUGGACUCUCCCCAUGUUCCACUGCAACGGCUGGACCUUCACCUGGGGCAUGGCGGCGCGCGGCGGCGUCAACGUCUGCAUCCGCGACGCGCGCCCCGCCGACAUCUACCGCGCCAUCGCGCGCCACCGCGUCACCCACAUGUGCUGCGCGCCCGUCAUCUUCAGCAUCCUCCUCGAGGGCGACGGCGCCACCAGGCAGCUCGAAACACCCGUGCACGUCCUCACCGGCGGCGCGCCGCCGCCGGCCGCGCUGCUGGAGCGCGUCGAGCGGAUCGGCUUCAAGGUCACGCACGCCUACGGCCUCACGGAGGCGACGGGGCCUGCGCUCGCGUGCGAGUGGCGGGACCAGUGGGACCGCCUCCCGCUCCCGGAGCGCGCGCGCCUCAAGGCGCGCCAGGGGGUCAGCGUCCUGUCCCUCGCCGACGCCGACGUCAAGAACGCCGACACCAUGGUCAGCGUGCCCCGCGACGGCAAGACCGUCGGGGAGAUCGUCCUGCGGGGCAGCAGCGUCAUGAAGGGCUACCUCAACAACCCGGAGGCGAACGACAACGCCUUCAGGGGCGGCUGGUUCCUCACCGGCGACGUUGGCGUCGUGCACCAGGACGGCUACAUCGAGAUCAAGGACCGGUCAAAGGACGUGAUCAUCAGCGGCGGGGAGAACAUCUGCAGCAAGGAGGUGGAGGAGGUGCUGUUCCGCCACCCGGCAGUGGCCGACGCGGCGGUGGUGGCGAUGCCGCACCCCCGCUGGGGCGAGACGCCCUGCGCUUUUGUCGUACCCAGGAACAACGCUGCCGAACUCAGCGAGGACGACGUGCUCGCGUUCUGCAAGAAGCGCAUGGCGCGCUUCAUGGUUCCCAAGAAGGUGGAGGUCGUCGGAGCGCUACCUAGGAACGCGCUCGGAAAGGUUGAGAAGGUCAAGCUCCGGCAGGCGGCACGGAAGCUGGCGCCCACCGUACCGGCGCAGAAGCCGAAGGGGAAGACGACGACCUCCUCGACGACGGUCGGCGGUCGCCGCGAGGAGCAGCCGGUGGCGCACAUCAUGGCGGUGUCAAGGCUCUAG